UUAAAUGAUAUCUGUACCAAAUCUUCCUGACUUGAUUAAAGAUAUCUUAAUAUAUGUUGCAAGAUAAAUUAAGUGAAUAGUUUUGUACUGUCAUGAUUAAUGCGUAAGGAAAUGCAUUGGUUUAUGCUGGUCCAUCCAUGAGGCAACCCAAAAUAAUUAAAUCAUUUCUGAAUUAUGCUUUGCUAUCUGUGACUAAUUUGUGUAAUCAGAAACAAAUAGUGACCAGAGGGCACAGGAAGCUUCAUCCCACAAUCUCCAACAGGAGCAACCCAUCACAAUCAUCCCUCUUUCCACAGGACGCUUUCAAUUUAUGCAAAUCUGCUGUUAUCCUCUAUGACACCUCAUUUCCUGCUGGCCUUUCAAAUCUUCCAGUCACUUUAAAUCUAUAUUGUUUAAUUCCAAGCGAUUAGUUUUUUUUCUUGCUCCUGAUUUCUAUUGUUUUACAGCUUUCUUUUUGGUUUCUUCCUCCCAAAAAGUCUCAUUGGCAGUAGAAAUUAUUUGAGUGUUGCAGGGUGCAAAUACAUCAAGACUAGAAGACGGCAAGAGUUGUGUAACUGCCAACCAUGAGAGGAGAGCCACCCUAACAAGGGGUGGUGCAAGUCAUGAGCUAUAAGUGUGGCUGAACAAGACAGUUUCACACAAUCACCUGCAGAUGAGACACAGACACUGGAAUAGCUUAGACUUGGACUUUUUUUGCAACAUGGAAUCAAGAACUACUCUGAUCUUCAUUUGUACCAUGUGGACAACUCUCCUAGAAGGAUGGGGGUUGCCUGUAGUGCCACAGACUGACCUGAAUGACCCGUCUGCAAACCAUAGGGUCAGGAGCAAACGUUGUUCCUGCAACAACCAGAUGGACUCCGAAUGCCACUAUUUCUGCCAUCUGGACAUCAUCUGGGUGAACACGCCAAGUAAGACCACUGUGUAUGGAUUGGGAAGUCCAUUGUCUCGUCGGAGGAGAUCUACAGGCCGCUGUUCAUGUGCUAACCCUGCGGAUCGAACGUGCAAAAGUUUCUGCCACUACAGCUCUGAAAACCCGGCCAUCAUACUGGUGCACCCAUCUCAGCCUGAACAUAAGAAACUGGAACAACCCAAAAUAGAUCACCCAAUCGCUCUCAACAGUGGAAAUGCCAGUCCUGAAGUUCAGAUUUUAGGGAAACCUUCUUCUUUUGGGGCUCGAUCUGAUGCCAUAACCUUCCUUGGGAACCUGGUUAGGGCUCGAGCCAGAGCCAUGGCAAAUACAUCUAAAGCCAGCAAACUUGGCUAUAGAUGAAGAUGUUACCUGACGGAGAGAUAAGAGUGCGAGCAUUUGAACAAAAAGAUGACCCUCGUGCAUCUUAGAGCAGCAGAACAUGUAAAAUACUCUGCGAUAUGGAAAUCUCGAGGACAGCCCUGUGGAAGCGGAGCCUUUGACACAUGUUUAGGACAGAAUGGGAGACAUGAAGAUGUUGAGGGCAAGUCAGGCCAGUUCACUAGGACUGCAGCGCAAAAGAGGGUUAGAAGUUAGCGACUGCUAACAGCAUGUUAUGCUAAGCCAGUUCAAAACAUCACAUUUGAGCAGUCAAGAGAUAAAGGAGACAGGUGAAGUGCUCAUGGAAAGUUAAAGGGAACUUGGAAGAGUAAAAAAAUGUACUACUUAUAUUAUUUAAUAGUACCACUGGAGCCAACUACGAGUACAUUUAAAACAGAGAAGGCGUGAUAGAAAUGUAAAAAAAAUACAAGGUGCGACAAAAGAUAGCCUAUAUUUGAGUUCAUUAAAUAUUUAUCUCAGAUAAACAAUAGAUUCAAACGGUGUCAUUUUGAAACUGCUGAUAUCUUGUUUUUUUUUCAACACCCAACCCAAGAGCAUUCCAGUUGGAAUGUUAUAUAAGGCUUUUAUCUAAAGUACAUACAGUAAAGAAACAAUAAAUAUGAAUAAUUGACAUUACAUUUUUUAUGAAUCAUUAGCUAUUCAACUCUAACAUAUUUAUUUAAGCAAUAUGUUUAUAAGCAAGCAGCACUAAGAUGAAUAAUUUCUUUCUGAAAAGGCACAUACAGGCUAGGAAGGCCAAAGUGAAAUAUGGCAUACAAUCGUGUUAAAAAUAUAUGCUCAAGUCAAAUGUGAAUAUACAAAGACUAUAUUCAUUCUGCUUAUUUACCUCUCAGGACAAUAGUUAUCUAUGUUUGGCAGGCACUUGUACUUGUACUUUUUAAUGGCAAGUGUACUUUGGCCUGAAGUUAUGCUUCUUGUUCUUUUUACAGAGCAGCCUAUUAGUUUUCUUCAUAAUUUUAAACACUGUUCUGAAACCUAAAAUGAAAAGCCAUAUAUAAAUAAACUAUAAGUACUCUAACUUAAAGUAUACUAGCAGUGUAAAAACACUGUAGAAUUAGCAGUUAUCGAGAGAGUGAUUUUAUAAGCUUGAAAAAUUUGAAAUAGACUACUUGUAUACAAAAAGAUCACUUCUAGUAUAGCAUAUAAACUAAUUGUGUACUGUUCUGUUUGACUUAAUGUACACAAAACUUAAAUUUAGUCUCAAGUAGUAUGCAUUUUAUCUGGACUGUGCCUUUGUUUUUCAUAUCCAUCUACAUUUAAUAAUCAUAUCCAUUCAUAAGUGAUGCAGACAGUUGUUAAACUGAUGUUUUUACCACAAGAUAUAGAAAAAAGAUUUAACCUUGCCAAAAAAGCAGGAGUACAUUGCUAUGUACUGAACUUCACUGAAACAUUUUAUAAUGCAAACAAUGCAAAAUGCACAAUAUGUUUACAAUUGAUUCUUGUUGUUAAAGUAUAUGUAUCGUUACUUUUUUUUAAUUUACAGCAUUUUAUUCUUAUAAUGAAGUUACUCUGUAGAAUUGUAGGAUUCUGAUCUGAUGUGAUUAAUCUUAUUGCAUAUAUUUUAGUUUUUGUGAUUCUGUCUGUAUGAUUAACAAAGAAUGCUAAUAAAUUCAUUUUGAGAACAUU